AAGGCAUUGCCAGCUAUCAGAUGACGCAGGGAGAUCAACGAGGAGCCGGUUGGCAAUUCUACGAUGCCUCUUACGACGGCAUCUGCGGCUCUUUCCUGUGCCAGGGACUCGGCCAGUUGACAGACGGCAAACUCGGUCCCGACAAUUUCAAAGCCAGUUAUUACGACCAAGAUCGAGGCUGGGUCGGGUGGCGUAACGACUCGCGCAACGGCCAGCCCGUCGAUAUCGUUUUCGAGUUCGAUACGGUGCGCGAUUUCACUUCGCUGAGCAUCUUCGCCAAUAACCAGUUCACCAAAGAUGUCCAGAUCUUCUCCGAAAUGCAAGUGCAUUUCAGCGUUGGCGGACAAAUCUACCCGGGCGAGCCGAUUAUCUUCCGUCCGCCAGAGGACCGAAUUUUCGAGAAUUCACGGAACAUCAGCGUUAAGCUUCACCACCGAGUCGGACGCUGCGUCAAACUGCGUUUGUCUUUCCCGGCUGCUCCGGCUCGCUGGAUUCUCAUCAGCGAGGUCUCUUUCCGCUCCGAAGUGGCCGCCAGAAAUUACAAGACCGAAGUGGAUGGCAGUCCCGUCACUCCACCAGCCGCCGCACCCAUUCCGCCCGUCUCCAAUUUGCCACUCCCGCCAAGUGGUCACGAAGUCGGCAUCAACGCCGGCUCGCAGGAUCAAGUCAACGGUAACGAACACGAUCAAAUCUUUUUUUUUAAGGCGUAGUCUU